CUUUACCUCAUCACUUCCUGGUUUUGCGGCCGCCAUAUUGGCAUGGGGAAUAGAUGACAAUUUCACCUUAGCCGAAGAGCUACGUUUUUUUUGUUAUUUUAGAAAGUUUAUCAAGAGCGUAUUCACUCUGAAAUAAAAGGGAUAUCGAUAUAUCAUCCCAGUUUGACCGUGGUGGAUCCCGUGGAGGGCGUUGAAAGAGAUGAGCAACAAUUUAAACAAGAGGGCCCCAACCACAGCAACACAGCGGUUAAAACAGGAUUACCUGCGCAUCAAGAAAGAUCCAGUCCCGUACAUCUGUGCUGAACCUCUGCCCUCCAACAUUUUGGAAUGGCAUUAUCUAGUGCGUGGCCCUGAGAAAACUCCAUAUGAAGGUGGCUACUAUCAUGGCAAACUCAUUUUCCCACGGGAAUUCCCAUUCAAACCACCAAGCAUAUACAUGAUCACACCCAAUGGCAGAUUUAAAUGUAAUACAAGGUUGUGUCUUUCCAUCACAGAUUUUCACCCUGACACGUGGAACCCAGCAUGGUCCGUAUCCACCAUCUUAACCGGCCUCCUGAGCUUCAUGGUUGAAAAAGGCCCGACUCUCGGCAGUAUCGAAACCUCUGACUUCACAAAAAGACAGUUGGCUUCGCAGAGUCUUGCUUUCAACAUCAAGGACAAAGUCUUUUGUGAACUGUUUCCAGAUGUUGUUGACGAAAUCAAGCAGAAGCAGCGUAUGCAGGAGGAGCUCAGGUCCCGCUCACAGGCGCUGCCUCUCCCCGAUGUGGUGCCGGAUGGCGAAGCCCACCAUGCGCAAAACGGCCACCUUCCCCUGAACGUGCAUCUGCCCCCCGGUGCGGCACACCCACCCGACCUCCAGCAGGUCAACCGUAACCAUGGACUCCUGGGUGGAGCGCUCGCUAAUUUGUUCGUCAUUGUAGGUUUUGCUGCUUUCGCCUACACGGUCAAGUACGUUCUGCGGAGCAUCGCGCAGGAAUGAAUCGCCCU